UCACAUGAAAAGUACCUUUGGAUGUGAGAAUUCGUGUGUGCGAUAAUGAUUUUUUGAUAAAUUCCGUGUUAUUUAGUUAGAUUAUAACAAAUUUAUCAUUAACAAUGGUGACUAUAAUAAAGAACCAACUGUUAAAACAUCUCUCGAGGUUCACAAAGAAUCUGUCACCAGAACAGAUCUCCCUCUCAGCGUUGCGAGGGUCUGGUGAGCUGCAAGACCUGACCUUGGAUGAGGAGUUGCUGACAGACCUCCUGGAGCUACCAGGCUGGGUGAGGCUCACUUCUGCAAAGUGCAACAGAGCCUCUUUCAGGAUACAAUGGACCAAGUUGAAGACUGUCCCCAUUGUGUUGAAUCUGGACGAGGUACACAUAGCUCUAGAAGUAUGUCAGGAGCCGCGGGUGAUGAACCCUGGAGCCGCCGGAGCCCUGCCCGUGCCUGGAAAAUACAGCUACAUACACAAGGUGAUAGAUGGAAUCUCAGUGGCUGUGAACCACGUGCAAAUAGACUUUAACUGUGAAGCAUUCACCAGCAGUGUUCAGAUCUCAAGAGUAACCGUGGAGUCUCGAACGCCGGAGGGCCGGAAAGGAGACCUAAGACUGACUAGAAUCAAAUCGCCUGACACCGGACAAUUGCUUAUAUUUAAGGAGUUAGAAUGGCAGAGCGCUCGCAUAGAAGCCAAAGCCCACGGCGCAGCCAACGCCAACCUCCCGCCCUUACGACUGUUACUGGGCAACACACACUGUCGGAUUGUCAUCAAAAAGAGACUGUCAGACUGCGCAGUGAUAGGGUCUCGUCUAGCGAUAUGCCCGGAGCCCCUAGCGUGGGCCCUGACAGACGGACAGCUCCGCGCCAUGUUGGCGUGCGCGGUGGCACUCGCCAAGCCAGUGCAGAGAGCUACUGCCGCCGCUACUAGGAUCAAAGCUUUACGGAAGAUCGAGGAGCCUCGCGAGCAGAUAUCGAGCAGACCGGCGACGGGCGAACGUGACAUACUAGCGCGGAUGUUCGCCAAGCAUGACGUCAGGGAGACCUCGUACCAUCUACUGGCGCCACGGAUAGACCUGCAUCUAUGUGACGAUCCUGGAUUGGGUCGUUCAGAAAAGCCGUCUCUAUCCAAUGGCGGUGCUCUGCAAGUGACGCUGGUCAGCAUGCAGGCCGACCUGUUCCCAUACCACAAGGCGUCGGACGACAGGAGACAUUGGCGAGGAUAUAGGGAGGCGGCGACUCCCCACAGCCAGUGGUUGUCGCAGGCACUGUCGUCAUUCUGCACGACGCUGCUAGACUCGCUCGACCCGCGCCCACUCACUCCUAGCUCCAAGAUGAGUCAACCCGAGAAGUCGGAGGAGCCAGUCUCUAACGGCAUCAAACACAAACAGACUCCCACACAACACAACGCUUCCACUGCUCCGUCCACUAACUCUACUACUGCCUCGCAAGCGUCGCCGACUAGAACGCGCAUACUACAGCAGCUCGGCAAACUGAUGACGACGUGUCUUGUACUUAGGAUAGACGACUUCACUGUUUACAAGGUAUCGACGGGGUCCAAGAACCGCGACGCGCCCCGUCCACUAGUGAGCGCUGAGAAGGCCACGCUACCGGGCGACGCCGGGCUACUUCACGCCGAACUUACUUUCUUCUACUAUCCUGGAGACGUCUGCUUUCCUGUCCCAGCCCCGAAGCUGUACGUGCAGUUGAGUCCGGUCCGUAUAUCCGUGGACGUGAACACAGUAGUAUGGCUGGGCGCCUUCCUGCCGCAUGUCGUGCCCCGCGGACAGGACAUGGACAUCGAGGACGCGCCGCCUGCAUACAUGGAUGUUAGGAUGGAAGCUAUCAUGCCUAAGCUGGUACUAGAAGCAGGUCCAGAACACGUAUCAGCGCAGCGCGACAGGCCUCGUGAGCUCCAUCUAUGCACUGCGCGCGCUACGCUCACUAACGUACGAGAGUCGCCGCGUGCCAAUUCAGCUGGUACGCGCGCAGACCUAGCGUCUAUACUGGCAGCACUGCGCCGGUCCGCGCCGCCCCGGGAUCAGUUCCCAUGCGCGGUAGACGACAUGGACCCCAUACAUGAACAGUUUAUUUUACAUGCUGAUAACUUGGACGACAUAGACCGCGGUACAGCGAUGAGUCCGGAGCUGUUAUGGCGCGAGAAUCGCUCAGUAUGGUGCGCUCGCGUGGAGCCGCUGUGGGCAGACUUCUGCGGCGCGCGCGCCACUAACUACAAGCCUGCGCCCUUGUUGGAUGCCACGCCGCUUACUGCUUGGUUAUGUUUCGCGGACGACUUCAGCCGUAUCUGGAUAGUGGCCCGUACGUGUGGCCUGGCCGGUCUCCAGCUCAACCAUUACCAGAUGCUGUUCCUCAUGAGGCAGCUAGAAAGGAUCUCCGAGAUGACCGCCUGGCUCGCUCAUGAUGCGGAGAGGCAGCCUGAUGCUGAAGAUGGGACCAUUGUAGUUGGCGUAGUGGUACCAGCUGUGGAGCUAACGUUUGUGCUUCCAUCCAACUGUCCUGGACAGGAGUCGUCCAGGGACCUGGACAGCGUGCCUUUAGACUCCUCCAGCUUGCAAGACUUAAAAAUGGAGCACCAAACUGUGUCCACGCUAGGCGCGUCCACGCCGCUCGAAGAGAACUGCAUAGGUUCUGAGGCGACGAUGGCGCCCUCUAUGAUGGACCGCGACAGCGGCGUACUGGCCACCACCUCCGUGGAAGUCUAUCAGCCUAUACCCAUUGAGGAACCGCCUCCACCCAGCCCUGGAUUAAGUUUUGGAGGAUUCUCAUCAAUGCGUCGCGGGUUCACGUCGCUAGUGACGUCAAUAGACAGCGCAUUGACGCGCGACGACACGCGCAGUGACGCGGCGUCCACGGCCAGCUCCGACAGUGACCGCUACGUCGUCGUCGGCUUGGCGGCCGAGUCGCCUGAUGAUGCUGACAUGGCAUUUAGGGAGUUUGAGCAUGGACGCGCAGCAUCGUCAAGCGGUGUAGAGGUAGCAGCCGAGGUGGUGGAACGAUCCUCGUCACCGAGCGACCACUCUGUGACCAGCUCUUGCAGGAGAAGAGAUGUCAUAUCAACAAGUACUUGGCGUCUGAACAACAUACACAUAGUUCACCAAAGCGGUGGUGGAAGGACCUGCCUUCGACUGGCUGCCGACGACCUGAAGAGUGACGAGUGUAACGCUAUACCCUGGGAUGAGUUCCAGAACCGUCUCAAGAACAAGUUCUCAAUGAGGGCGCGGGCCUGGUUGGAGCCGGUCGUCUCUGAGAGUGAUGAGCUGGCGCCGAGGAAUGAGCCUCUAGUCGCCGCUAGACUUGUGAGGACUCAACUGCCGAGAGCACCUGAGGAUAAGGGUCUAGCACCAUUCGAAGAGUUACUUGAGGCUCGGAUCCGGGACCUUAGUAUAGCUCUGAACAUGAGCACAGCGUUAGCGCUCGCCGAGUUGAUUGAAGAUGAAGUGGUCGCGCCGCCUAUGCCGCUUGAGGUCCUAAUAGAAAACGUGAAACUCCACUUAAUAGAAGAUAGACCGACGCGUUCAAUAUCAUCACCACCGCCUCAACCUCUAGACAUCGACCUGACUACAUUAAGGAUGACCAGGGACACUGCUGGGGUUGUUCGUUUAGGUCCUCCAGUGUCCACACCUUCGACCAUAGCGUCUCCAGCCACGCCACAACCACAACCAGAAUUAGAUGAAGCUAGAGAGAAGAUUGAUAGGCUGAACAGGGAAAAUGAGGAAUUGAGGAAAAGGCUCGUCACGUUGGCGAGGAUAGCGGAGGAUAAUCGAGAGUUGAGAGCGAAAGUAGAAGAAGCGUCAGUGUUACGGCAGUGCGUCCACUCGGCACAACAGGAGGCAGCCAGUUUAUUGGCCGACAAACAGGAGCUUUUGGAAGCCAUGCGUAUUUUACAGGAACAGAUAUCAGGAGGAUGUCGCGGCAAAAGAUAGCGGUCGCGAGGCGGUCCCCCGCAGGGCUGCCUCGACUGUACAGCGUGCUGCGGCGACCAGCAGACGUAGACACAUACACGUACCAACCCUGGUACCGCGCCAAACGGUAUAUUCAUACUUUUGUAUAGGAUUAUGGACGGAAAAUGUACGCUUAAUGUAUUGUAAGCAGCAUAUUGGUAUGAACAAAAGUUUUGUCAUAUUUAUAACUCUAAAACGGCUGUACUGAUUGUAAUGAGAUUUAGUUGACAGGUGUAAAAUGUACAGUUAUUGUAUUGAGCAAAAUAUUGGUUUAAAAAGAUACUUAUGCAUGAAACAAUAAAGUCAUAUUUAUAACUCAAGAACGGCUGCACUGAUUUUAACGAGAAUUGGUUUCAAAGAGACAGAUGGAAAAUAUACCCGAAGGACGGAUUCCUUCAAAUAAGUACAUGAAUACGUGAAACAAAGUCGUGUUUGUUGAAGAGAUCAAAUUACAGAUUUAAAAAAUUUUGUUUGAAUAAUUUAAUUGUCCGAUCUCAAUUCCGCUCUAAAAUAUGGUUGAAGUACUUACAUCAGCAUUUAUAUAGUGAUAUUUUUGUUAUAAAUAACUAAAUAAAUUAAAAAAACGGCUCGAUAUCGACGGCGAACUCGCGUGAUAGAGAAAGCUCUACUAAUUUCAAGUCACACCAGGGCUCUUGGCCUUAAGCAGGGGGCGCAACGCAGCCAACUCAGUAGGUAGAUGAAACGGUUGGUUCAUUAGAGCCGGCCAAUUAAAGCACCGAAUGCAAAGUUGUUUCAAUUACUGUAAACGUAAAACAACUACGUACUAAGCCCUAUGACGUUUUAUCAAAUAUUUCAAGUAUUAUAACAUACAAAAUAAUAAUACUUAAUUCAUUUUUGAAAGUUGAAUAAAUCUAAAUUGGCUGCUAUUUACUUAUUAAAAAAACAUUUAAUUUUACUAAAGACUUCAUAAACCUUAAAUAAAAAAAAUGUUAUAAAACUACCUAUAUGUUGCAUUUUUAUAAGUGUAGCAUACCUGACUAUAUUUAACUAAAUGUGUGAUACCCAGAAUCAUGUCGUAGAAUGUAGAUAUGUAUAACAAAGUUAUGAUCAUAAAUAAAUUGGCCAUAUUAUAAUGUGUGUAAUUGUAGUUCGGUGUAAAUAAUAAAACUUCCUACAGCCCCAAAAAUCUCUUUUUCAAUUGCAUAUUUAAGGAUUUGUAAAAUGUUGAGUCUUUAUAUAUUUAUUAUAAUAAACAUCUGAAUAUUACCUCAAUAUGAACAUUAAUAAUAGAAAUCUAUUCUCAAUAGAAAUAGCCAUAGUUAAACAAAAGAUCUAUUCCAAAAAUGGCGUUAAAGAGAUCUGAGAACCUAAUAAAACUAUUAUUGUAAAGUAAAUAAUAAUAGAUACUAUUAAAUAUUUCUCAUAACUUAGAAAAACUGAAUAUUUCCCUAUUCCAUCCUGUCAGAUGCCCAAUUGUUACUUUCCUGUCAUACAAAAACUUUUAUUUUAUAUAAAUCUUGAUGAUUUCAUAUGUGACUCUUAGAUAGUUAUGUAUUAAAAAUAAAUAUGGCUAUGAGAGAGUAGGUAGAUUGAAUUGGUCAGCUGCUGUUGUAAAGAUAUUUUAAAUAAAAACUACUUAAAAAGCACUAUGAGGCUUUUGAUGUACAUUAUCGUAUCGUAAACUAUUUAUAAUGUAAUCGUUCAAUAUUAUUUUGGUGCCAAAAGCGCAGACUGUAUUUUAAAUGUAUAAACUAUGAUUUUUUAUUCUUUGAACACAAUAGAAUACAAUUUUAUUACCGUUGCGUCUUCCAUGUUUUUUGUCGAUCGAUGUUUAAAAAGACGUUCCAAAUUCAAACACUUACAUAUCCUUCUAUCUAUAGUACGAAGAGUAAAAAUCAUAGAUUUAUACUAUUAUUUUAAUGAGGUUGUAAAUAAAAGUUUUAUAUUUUUUUUAAAUGAAGUGAUGCUUUUCGUUUGUUUAAUCUUAAUGUAUUAUUGUACAUAAUUUUAUCAGGUGACGUGAUGUAGCUAUUUUUUCGGAUCUUUUUACUGUUUAUUGAUAAAAUAUUUCAUUAUAAAAAAUUCCAUUUGUAUAAGUUUUGUAAAAUUAAGACGUGUUUAGUGGUAUUUUUGAUACAAACUAGAAAGGGAUCAAUUUCAACACAAGUCCUUCGGAAAGUUUAUGCUUAUUAAUUCUAUAAGUAUUGUAAAAUACUUGUCUAAAUGUACUCGUAUCCAAUACAGCUAGAAACGUCUUAAAAUUCUAUGGUAUAUAAAUAAAAAAAUAUCAAAAUAUAAUAUGUAUAAAUCUUUGAAGAAUUCAGUGAGAAUUUUUAUAGAAGUUAACUUUUGAUAGUACAUAGGUAUUUACAUCUCUAUAUAUUUAGUCGAUUUAACAUCUGUUGCUGUGCAGUGUCUAAUACAAUCAUGUUGCGUUCGUGUCUCGUAUGCUACUUGCUGUUAAAUGGUGGUAAUGUUUAUAUUUUUUUUUUUUACAGUUGAAUUAUCUAUCCAUAACCAUCAAUAUGUUAGCCAGAAGACAUUCAUCAGAGAUAUUUAUAUACAGAUUUGUAUUAGUCGAAUAUAUUAAAUCCACUUUUCAUUAAUCGAUUGUAUAUUUCAAUAAGAAAAGAAAUAAAAAAGUACUUACGUUUACAGCACAAGGCAUGGCCUAAUUUUAUAUCUUGGAUAAACUCCUCAUCUGUUAUUAAUCACAUUUUGUUUUACUACUAAAUUAUUACUACCAAUUAACAGAUUUUAUAUCACUUGUUAAAAAGCAAUGUAUUACCAUUUGGUGUAGCUCUAUAUAUCAUUAUACUUAACUCUUUUACUAUGUGUUAGGAUAAAAAAACUUGUGCCUGUAAUAAUUAGGUACAUAUUAAUAUAUCCGCUUUAUGGUCGUUGCUGCCUUUUUAUACUCUCAUCUAUUUAAUCGAUGUAACUAUUAAGAAACUUGCCCUUUGUUCGUCUGUCUUGUAUACGAUAAAGUGACAUUUAGUCGCUGAAAAAAGUAGUAUUAAAAUUAAAGAAAAAAGGCGGGAACCGCCAUCUUUUCUAUUCACGGCAAGAAGUAAAGUCACUAAAUGUCAUUUUGAAUCGUUAUUUUUCUAUACUUUUUUUUCUGUAAGAUGAUUGAAGGUACUCUGUCCAAGGUAUGCUGUCCCUUCGAUGAGAAGACGUGUGAAGCUGUGAAGCUGUGAAGCAAUCUGACUUUUAAAACAUGUACCAUAAAGUUGUUGCGAUUUAUUUAGUUACGAAGGAAUUGUUAAAAUUAAAUUCAAUAUUCUAUAA